AUGACAGAGCUCGAAGAGGAAAGGGACACGACUCAGACGCUUCGAUCGGAAUGGACCAAAUUGGAGGCAGAAUACAAGACUCUGCAAGACACCUUGGCAUCAAUCCAGGCAGCUGCAAGCCCGGGCGGCGGCAAAGUAGAAGCGACUAACGGCCACCAGGGACUCGACAGUUCCAUAGACGACCGAAACCCCAUCAGCGAGGCGGGCAGCAUGACCGAGCUCAAGAACACCGCUGAGGCUGUCACGACUCCUUCAGCGAGCCCUCCCAUGGCCGAAGGUCAAUUUGGGAGCCUUUCCAUGCCUUCCCCAGCGAGCCCUCCCAUUGCCGAGGGUCAAUUCGGCAGCCUUUCCAUGCAUCCACCGCAGCCAUCGGGAAGCUCACCAGUCACCACGCCCGCAACACCACCUUCUGCUGGCUUCAGGACGAUCCAUGGUCAACAUCGUCCAGACGGCGCUCUAGGCGGCUACGUCAAUGGAGGAGGCACACUAAGGAAAGCUAGCGAGUCACAGACUACGCACGAGGAUUCAUCUAUGAAAGCCCAUGGUUCGACGAGUUCGGGAUCGAUACACUCCAACCACGGCGGUGAAGGCCAUAUAAAUGGCGUCACUUCGGGCUCUGCGGAAGAGCAGAAGGUGACGGAAUAUUAUCAGCCGACGGACUUCCAGCCUCAGCCCGCGGUGUACCAGCCGCAACCGGCGGUAUUCCAGGCCCAGCAGGCGAAGGGGUCUAGGAGAUUGACAAGGCCUCCUGUCAGGUAUAACUGA